AUGGUCAUUCCAGUCUUCCUUGUCUUUGUCGGUAAUCCUAUUUUGCCUAUAUUACGCUCGGCUGUGAGGCUGCUGGCGGGGCUCAAGAGAAAGCCCGUAAGGCACAACGGAACGAGUGAGUUCCGUAAGAACGAUCGGUGAGCGCCCCUAUCAUUGUCUGCCAACGCAACAAGGCGGUAGGGGAGGACAGAGUGCUUGCAGCAGAUGCGACGAAAGUCCACCCCGCUAUAAGCCGAUUCACGCGCAAAUCUCCGCUACUGCGCCCACUCCGCAAGGAUCACCGUGGACUUUGCCUUCCGUGACGACCGAACUUUCGACAGACGCCUCUUGAACCCACAGCGGGUUGCUGGAUCAAAAGCAAGGGCUCACGGCGGGCAUUUAUGGUGUCGCGCUGAAUCCAUGCAAGCUGACAACCACUGCUGUACCAGGGUUUAGUGGCACUCCUUAGGCGUAUGGAGGCCUUUACACUGCACCAGUCACUGUGCUUAAUCCCACCCCCCGCCCCUUGGAAGUGGGACCGACACUAGAGAAUCCAUUCUUACGGCACACCAGCGCAUUCCUCACUAAUAAUAAGUUUGGUGCGCUGGAAUCUAUCAAGACGUGCUAUCGGUCGUAGUUAAGAUGGUUGCCAAUUGACGGGACAAGUAGGCUGUUCUCGGGAAAGAAAGGCAGGCUGCGACGGCUCCUUCCUGAUUCAACCUUUAGGGGCAUUCACACGCAUGUGAAAUUCUAGUCGCCCCCAUGAAAGUCCGGCAAAUGUAAUGGGAACCAGGUCGUGUGUAUGGUAGGUGUAGAGGAGUUGUCUAACUUUGUCGGACGCCACGCCCACACCUACCUCCACUGGCUUCGACAUUGUUUUGCCAUCGUAGCCUCUUGGGUGAGGGAAGAGAGUGUGUAUGGUAGGUGCUACGGAAGUCCACCUCACUAUGAACUAACAUUGUAUAUUCCCGAUCGAAAACCGACAGGGCAACGGGCUCGUGGCCCGGUGGGUAGAGGCGUGGACUUCCAAACCAACAGGUCGCGAGUUCGAGGCUCGGGUGUUCCACACUUCGGGCUUGGGUAUGGCUGGCUGACGACGGCUAAUAAGCCAGAAAUGGCCAUUCCAGUCUCCCUUGUCUUUGUCGGUAAUACCAUUCUGUCACUAUGAACUAUUUAACAUGCAAGUCACCGGUGUUGCGAGCACUCCGUGAGGUGUCGUCAACCCCAACGGUUGGACUGUCGCAUAAGUGCGCAUGGGUGGGCCUUAACGGCCCCACCAGACGGUCCCAACAGCGAAUCAAAAAAAGGAUUGCUCGAGUUGCGGCCACGUUGCACGAUCUGGUCGGCCUGAGAGCGCGCGCCCACGAGGGGGAGGGGGGGGGGGUCAGGAAGGGGACCGAUGACGGUGCGACUCACGUGGUCGCCCUUAUUGCUGGCACCUGUGGGACGGGUGUCAAUAGAGGCCAUUAUAUUGCCCACAAGGUGGUUGUCGAGUCUGCCUAUUUUGAUCGUCGCCUCGUCGACCAGUGGGACAAGUAGAUUGGUUAAUUGCCUCAUCUGUCAUCAUCCGAGGUCUCUCAUGCGGAUCACCGAGCCUUUAUUACGGCGUCCCGUCAUAUUCCGCAGUGGCAGUUGAGGACAGCCGGCUAAUUGAGGACGAGGAGUAGAAAUGUUGGUGCGGGGGGGGGUGAGUGAAAGCUAAGCGAGGUCCCCGAGUUCGUUUCAUCCUCCUCUAUCCACAUCCGUCCGACCGUCCACGUGGCCUACGCCGAGCCUUUUUUGACGAAAUGGGUGAAAAGCAGACAAACAGGAGGGGCGAAAAAGACAAAGCCCUUCGUCGUUUGGCGAAGGCCGUGAACAGUGGAGGCGACCGAUGAUGCUGCCGCUGAUGGUGUUUUUGUUGUUGUUGCUGAUGAUGAUGAUGAUGAUGAUGACGACGACGACGACGACGACGAUGAUGAUGAUGAUGCCGACGACGACGACGACGACGACGACGAUGGUGUUGAUGAUGAUAGUGGUGGUGGUGGUGGUGAUGGUGGUGGUGGUGGCGGUGGUGGUGGUGGUUAUUAUGCUUCUGGCUAUGUGUUAAUUUCAGCACUUUGA